AAGAUGGGGAGCUUCGCAAGGCUCCUGCUGCACUGUGCUGAAGCUUCGGUGCCGUUGCCAAGGUCUUCAGAGCGGCGCGGUGAAUUGGAUUCACUGAUUCAGACACUUCGCGCAUCCGCCUGGCUGCAACCCUGUGGCCAACGGUGCGGUACAUGUCAAGCACGCCCGUACCUCGCCCCGCUUGCGGUGGUAGCCCUUUCCCCCUCGUGUGCGUGCCAGCCUGGAGUUGACUGUUGCGUUGUCCCCGACAUUCGGUUCCGAGAACUCGACGUGCAGCGACGACCGCGAACUCCGUGCCAACUGCCCGACACGCCCGACUGCGCCAUGUGGCCCAGUGCCUGAGAUUCCCCUCCAGCUUGGUUUUCUUUUGUUUGAGAUACCCAUUCGGUGUUUGCAUUACUCAUCUUUUUAAAGUUGUGUAUUAUAUACCGUUUCCGGGGGCCCGCCUUCGCCAUGGCCGCCGCUUCGAGUCCCACGAUCCCGCGCAUCGACGCUUCGACAUCGUGGCUGUUGUUGGAGGACGAAACGACCGAGGCUCGGCUAUUGGUUCUGGUUUCUCGGGUACUCGGCAUCGCGACGAACAGGAUACAAGUGAACCAGUCAUUCCGGGACUUGGGCGGCGAUGAGCAGAGCGCGGCAGCGCUGCGGAAGGCGUGCAUGAAUGCGGGGAUGGACGUGAAGGUGAAGGAUAUCCUCCGAUGCGCGACCCUCGCCGAGUUGCAGACCUGCGUUACGCCUUGCGCGCCGCAAAGCCGACAUCCCCAGAUCGACGACGUCGAGGGCGUCAUGAUCGCGCCAUUAGAGGUACACCGAGCGAGCCGGAUGUCGAUAAUGCCAGAACCGAGCCAGGGACAUUUAGCAGUGCCGCUUGGGAAGAGGACAGAGAUUGAGCAGGCGCUUGGCACGCAGCCGGAGGUUGGGAGGAUAGCAACAGUACGCCCGAAGGCAGGUCUACUCGAAGGGAAGCUCGUCGCUCUUCUCACACUCCGCGGCACCCACUCGACGAACCAGCGCCCACACGCCAUCAACCUGAUACCCCAGUCACACGCGCUCUUUGCGGGGACACAGGUCGCCCAUCUCAAACGCGCCGCCGAGACCACUCUUCCACCCGAUGAUGUGCCCGACAUUUGGAUCGUUUUGGAUGGGAUGCCACUUACCGAAGCAGGCGACCUGGACAUGCGGCGGUUGCGGACAUGGGCGCAAAACAUCAAUGAGAAUGUCUACCACCAAGCCUUGAGCCUGGAGCACCAGGAAACACUACAAGAGCCCGCAACGGAAAUGGAAAAGUCGAUGCAGAAGCUAGUGAGCAAGGUCCUGAAUGUUCCAGAGAGCCAGAUCGGUGUCAACUUUUCUCUCUCUCAGCUCGGCGGUGAUGAGAUGACGGCUAUGGAGUUGGCGGCCCGUUGCAAGCACGAGUCCAUCCACAUUAACCCUUCCGAAGCACUUGGGUCGAUGACCUUGUCGGAGCUGGCCGCUAUUGCAGAAUCGCGGAGUGGCUUGGCGCAUAAGUGGGACGAAGAGAUAUCCGACUGCUUCGAUCUUUCCCCGAUGCAGCACUUGUACUUCCAGACGGCAAUGGGAGGCGACUUAAAGCGGAGGCCUGCCCUGGACGGGAGCUAUCGCUUCAACCAGAGCCUGCUGUUGCGGUUAAAGAAGCAUUUCUCCUUUGAGGACAUCUCGGCCGCCAUCCAGGCCGUCGUGGCCCACCACCCGAUGUUGAGAUCCCGCUUCGGCCGAGGCUUGAAUGGAUGGGUCCAGAGGGUCUUGCCCGAUGUGGCCGGAUCCUACACGCUAUGUCAUAGUGCGAUCCGGUCCGAGCGCGAGCUGGAGGACAUCAUUGAGCGGACGCAGAUAUCGAUCAAUGUCGAGAUGGGGCCUGUCUUCGCAGCGGACUACCUCACAACCCACGAUGGCCUACACUUGGUGUACCUCGCGGCGCACCAUCUCGCAGUCGACCUUCUCUCUUGGCGCAUAAUCGUCCAUGACCUGGACGAGUUGCUACAGAACGGGAAUCUGCUGUCCCAACGGUCAAUGCCCUUUCACCAGUGGGUAGACCUCCAAAAGGAAGACGCUGUCAAACCGGACCCCAGGAAUCUUCUUCCUUUCCCUAUUCAACCCGGCGAUUAUGCCUAUUGGGGCUUGCAAGACACGCCGAACGCUUACGGCGAUGCCCUCGAGGUGAGCUUUUCGCUGGAUCAGGAAACGACGAACAUCCUACAGAGCUCCUGCAACCAAGUCUUCAAAACGGACUGCGUUGACAUCUAUCUCGCUGCUCUCAUGCUGUCCUUCGCCCAGACCUUCCACGACAGACCGGUCCCGGUUGUAUGGAACCAGGAACAUGGACGAGAUACAUGGAACCACCCAGAAAUUGACGUUUCCGAGACCGUGGGCUGGUUCACAUCCCUCUGCCCACUUAGCCUCAAGAUAGACACUUCAGACGACUUCAUCAACGUCCUUCGCCAUCUCAAAGACACUCGGCGAUCCAUACCCGCCCGCGGCGCUCAGUACUUCGCUUCGCGCUUCUACCACUAUGACAAGGAGGAUUUGAUAGCGAGAGACUGGCCAUUUGAGAUCAUCUUCAGUUAUGCCGGCUCUCUCCAGCACCUGGACCGCGAGAACGGAGUGUUAGAACAGCUCGCGAUGCCCAGCCGGACCUCGGCGCCAUCAACAUCGGAUAUCGGUGGCAAUGUCGGGCGCAUCGCCUUGUUCGAGAUUAGCGCCAUGGUCGACCAAGGAAGCGCCAAGGUCAAGUUUCUGUACAGCCGCUUCUCCAAAGAUCAGGCACGCAUAUCUCAAUGGGUCCAGAACUACGAGCAUCUCCUCCUCGAGGCGAUCGGGAGGCUACGAUACCAUCCGCAGGAGCUGACCCUCGCAGACGUUCCUCAUCUUGACGUGACUUACGAAGGACUGGAAAAGUUCAACAAGGACCGUGUUGCGACGCUCAAGCUUGGCAGUGUCCGUGAUGUCGAGACCAUCUACCCGGUCACCGCAGUUCAGCAAAGCAUCUUGAUCAGCCAAGCACAGCGGCCCGACACGUGCUAUCUGCAUGCCAUUUACGAGUUCGCGUCUUCGAAUGGCGAUCCGAUCGAUAUCGCCAGGAUAUGCACCGCUUGGGAGCAGGUUACCAUGCGACAUGCAGCGUUGCGAACCAUCUUCACUGAGAGUGUCAGUGAAACGGGGCUUUGGGACAAGGUCAUUCUUCGAAGAGCCUCGCCUGAGAUGCUCUUUAUUGACACAGCACCGACGGAGGACCCUGUCUAUGAACUAAGCAACCUUCCCAAUCUGCGGCCGACGGAGAGCAAGCCACUUCAUCGGCUUACGGUGUGCAAGGCGCCCACCAGGACAUUGGUCAAGCUGGACAUCAGCACAGCCCUAUGCGAUUCCCUGAGCAUCCAUCUCCUUCUCCACGACUUGAGACGAGCAUACGCAACGGAACGGGCCAUCACCGAACCUGACCAGUUCUCAUACCCGCAUUACCUCUACUUCCUCAAGACCGUCCGACAAGAAAGCAGCCUGGCGUUCUGGCGCGAUAAGCUUACUGGCGUCCCACCAUGCCAUUUCCCCCGACUCACUGUUCUGCCAGAGGAGCUCCGAUUUGUAAACACCUGCGUCGAACUGGACAUCACAUCAUACCAGCUGUCCGGCUUUACUCGGACCCAGAAGACGACCGUUGAUGCCGUGCUCCGGCUGGCAUGGGGCCUCAUCUUGCGAUGCUUUACCGGCUCCAACCAGGUCUGUUUUGGAUUCCAGACGGUAGGCCGUGACGACUCGAUUUUGGGAAUGAGACAUGCAGUGGGCUCCUUCUCGAAUACCGUGACCUGCAGCUACGAGCUUGGAGCGUACAGUUCCGUGGCCGCGGCGCUGCAGAUGGUGGAGGAGCAACUGUCAGCCAGUCUAGCCCACCAGCACUUCACAUUGGCCGAGCUCCAACAUGGCAUGGGCAUGAAGGGCGGUAAGCGCCUGUUCAACUCCUGCUUGACAUUCACCGAAGAGCCGGCGGGGUUGAACAGCAAGUUCACAACGCGGACCACCUUCGAGCUCAAGCCUAUCUCGUUGCAGCAGACGUUCGAUGUGGACGUCGUGAUGAACACGCGCUUCAUGGCGGGGAAGCUGGUGGUGGAUAUCGGGCAGCGCGUAAUGUCUCCGGAGCAGGCCAUCAACGUGGCAACCACGUUCGGCACAGCAGUCCGCGCAAUCCUCACGUCGCCCGACGUCUCGAUCGGCUUGGUUGACCUUUUCACCGACAGGGACUAUGCCCAAAUCCUGGCAUGGGAUGCAGAGGCGCCACCGCAAGCGAUGGAGCAGGCGCAGCACGUAGUCCACGAGCUCGUAUCCAGACAGGCUGCCAUACAACCGUCAUCUCAGGCGGUGUGCGCCUGGGACGGAUCUCUGACGUACCUUCAGCUCGAGGAGGAGGCCACCAAGCUAGCGCACCAUCUUGUCGACGCCGGUGUUGGUCCUCACUGCGUCGUACCCGUCGUCAUGGACAAGUGCAAGCUUGCCCCCGUGGCUAUGGUGGCUGUUCUCAAGUCCGGUGCGGCGUUUGUCCCCAUAGAUUCCUUAGAGCUUGGCAUGAUUCAGCCCAUUUUCGAGCGUCUCAACUCCAGGGUUGCCAUUUCCUCGGAGCUUGCCGCGUCGGUUCUCAGCAACCUCUUCGACCAGGUCGUGAUCGUGACGGAUGAGCUGAUGAACGUCCUCCCGCAAGGCCAAGGGCCGCUGACAUCGAUGGCUGCCCCGUCAGACCCAGCAUGCAUCCUCUUUGUCCCGACGUCAUCAAACGAAGCGAGGGGCGUGACGUUCACUCACGCAGCGUUGGCGACUGCUGUUCUGGGACAAGGGCCGGCAGCGAGAAUCACACCGCUUAGCCGUGUCAUGCAGCUGUCGUCCUUCAACGUUGACAUCUGCAUUACCGAAAUCUUCACCACGCUCGUCUACGGCGGUUGUGUCUGCAUUCCCUCGGCCGUCGAGAGGUUGCAAGACUUUGGCGCCGCCGUGAACAGGAUGCAGGUCAACUGGUCGUACAUGACCCCUUUGCUGUCGAGAAAGGUGGACCCGACUCAGCUGCCAUCCCUUAAGGUUGUGUGCUUUCGGACUCGGGGCCUCGACGAAGACACAUACAGCAUCUGGCAUGGGAAGGUCAAUGUGGUGUUGGCGUACGGGCCCCAGGAUGUGUGCCCGCUAGGUAUCGCCUUUCUCGAGGCUCUUGGCCCUCACCAUCUGAGAAGCAUUGGCCGCCCGUUUGCGGGAAGCCUUGUGAUCGUCAACCCAGAGGACCACAAGAAGCGCAUGCCAAUUGGGGCGGUGGGAGAGCUGGUCGUCGAGGGUCCCACACUAGGCUUCUCCUAUCCGAAUCGGGAGUCGAUGAUGACCCCUAUGUCGCCCUUAGGCCCUGCCGCCGGUGGCAAGGUGCGGCACUUCAAGACAGGACACCGCGCUCGGUACACGCAGGGGGGGCUAAUGGAGUUCAUCUCGAGCAAGCGGGACGACGUCGAUGCUGACGGCAGAAUCAUCAACGUCACCGAGAUCGAGCAGUAUCUGCGCCGCUGCCUUGGACAGGGUGUUGAUGUCGUAGUCGAAACAGUUAUCUUUCGGGGUCCGGCCAAGAACGAUAUCCUCCUGACCGCCUUCAUCGAGCUUGGCGAUCGUUUCGAUAGCGAGGAGAGUCUCACUUCGCUGAGCCUGGCCACCAAAGAGCAGCUUGCCAUGGUGAAGCAACUAGUUGAGGUCGGGCUGAAGAACAAGUUCGCUCCGUCCAUGGUUCCGUCGGUCUUCGUUCCCGUCAAGCACCUCCCCAUCACGCCGUCCCUCAAAGUGAAUCGACGCAGGUUGCAGAAGAUGAUCGCCGGACUGACAAAGGAGGAUCUCUUGGCGCUGGCAACAAUCCCGAACUCGAACGAGGCCAAGUUCCAGCACCUCAAGCCGCUACCCCUGACGCAGAGCGAGGAGAAGAUGCGAGCUAUCUGGGCCAGGGUACUGGGGGUGGAGGAGGCCAAAAUUUCGGCGCUCGACAGCUUUUUCAGCGUCGGUGGUGACGACAUUAUCGCGGCCCAGUUGGUUGCGGCCUGCCGUCAUGAGAACAUCUCCAUCUCUAUCGCCGAUGUUCUUCAGAAUGCUACGUUAACAGAGCUCAGCAGGGCGGUCGUGCCUGCGGAUUCCCCACAAGUCACCCAGGAGGCGUCCCCGGCACCCGUGGCAACGACGCCCUCGCCCGUGCAGCUUAACCCGUCCGCGGUCAAGGAGGUCUUCAUCGAGAAGGUAAUCGCUCCUAAGAUCGGCGUUGACGGCAGCGCAAUUGCGGAUGCGGCAGAGGCAUCCUCGGCGCAGAUUCGGUAUAUCGAAACCGGCAUGCUUCAAGGGCGCACAAACAUCAACUACCUCAUAUUUAAUUUCACGGGUGCUGUCGACGCGAAGAAGCUGGAGGAGGCAUGUAAGAACCUGGCCGUGAUACAUCCGAUCUUGCGUACUGCCUUUGUCCCGCACAACCGUCGAGUGUACCAGGCCGUCAUCAAGUCGAGUGGCAUCGAAUUCCGGCGGCAGUACACGCCGACGUGGCGGCUUUCUACGAUGUUGGACAAAGUGAUCAAGAAAGACCAGGCAUUGCCUACGAAGUUUGAGACGCCAAUGACCAAAUUCAUGUUCCUCGACGGCGGCAAACAGUCGAUUCUCAUCCUGAGGCUUUCCAAGGCGCAGUACGACGACCUUUCGGUUGCACUGCUUGUCAAGGACCUGAAGCGACUCUACGAUGGCUCACAAACCCCGCCUCGCCGCCCGACAUUCUGCGAGUUUGUGCGCACAGCACAUGUUGCCAACGCGCAGGGGGCCGAAGAGUACUGGCGGACCUUGCUGGAAGGCGCCGUCAUGACACAAGUCGUUACGCAUACCCAUCCGUACCAGGUGUCGACCAAUGUCAAGACGAUUCGGAACCCAAUGCUUCCGCUAGGCUCGCUCUCGAGCCUUGGCAUUUCGUUCGAGACGGUCCUGAAGGGCGCGUGGGCCAUGGUCCUUGCCAAUCUCUCGGCCUCCUCGGAUGUCGUCUUUGGCGAGCUGAUUGACGGACGCCACGUCAGACUUCCCGGUGGUCACUCGGUUGCCGGCGUCAUGGGCCCUACUGUCAAUGCCACGCCCGUGCGGGUCCAGUUCCCGGACACGGCGCUCACUCCACUGAACCUGCUGCAGUAUAUCCAUGCCCAGCGCAUGGCCGGCAUCCCGUUCGAAAAUCUGGGGACUCUUACGAUCGUGGAGAAGUGCACGCCCUGGCCAUACUGGACGCGCUUCAGCACGCUUGUGCAACACCAAUACGAGGAUACCGCCAUUACCCCGUCCGAGCCCAAGUCGUUCCACCUUGGGACUGCGUCCUGCAAGUUUACCAUCCACGAAUCCAAGGCGCAGGACGUGCCGGACCUGUUCGUGAAGUCGCUGGUACGGCCAGCAAACCGGGUCGAGAUCUCCAUCACAUUCUGCGCCGACCGCGUUUCCGAGACCAUUGCCGAGCAUGCACUCCGUCUUCUCUGCUCCACGAUUGGUCUUCUCACCAGCGUCAAUCUCAUGCAGCCUGUUAUCCCUUGUGGGUAUCAGUACCGGAACAUGGUCAAGAGGAUCCCGCUGCCGAAGAAGGCGUCCACAGAGCAGGAUGCGGAAGCGGCUGAAAGCGUGAUAAAAGGUCUGAGCAAGGACCAGAUCAAGGCCGUUCAGAAGGUCAUCCACGAUACCUGGACAUCAAUUCUCGACCCGCGAGCUUUGGGGGUGCCAGAGCCUCAGAUCCCCAACGCGGCGUUUUUUGACCUCUGGGGAAGCCUGAUCCCAGCCUUUCAGAUGAUGCAGCAACUCAACCGCGAGCUACCCAAGGUCAAUAUUCCUGGCGCCGACGCCAAUCUCCAGGUCACCAUGGAGGAAAUCGUUGAAAACGCGACCAUGCUGAAACAGUUCGAGCUCAUCGCGUCGAAGCUGAGACCGCAGACUGGGAGGGAGACGCAGAAGAAUAAGGACAAGGAGAAAGCCAAAGAGAGGGAAAGGGAGAAGGAGAAGGAAGCGGAAAAGGGCAGCUCGACCCCGACAUUACCUGCCCAUGGGCCCAAGAAAAAGCCGAGCAUGAACGUCUCCGUCCCCGCCGCGUCACUCGGAAGCCGCAUACGGCGGCUAGCCAGCACCGUCGGCCGGGGGACCACUCCACCGCCUACCAACAACCAGAACACCAUUGCCAUCAACAGACAGCCAACCAGCUCCCAGCCGCCUCCUACUCCGACGUCCCCGGUCGCCAUUGGCAUCGCCUCGGCCAUGGUUGCUGACCUCUCGCCCCUAUCGCCCAAGAUCAUAGGCGGCGUCAGCCCCGGCAUCGGCAGCAUCGCCAGCCCGCGCACCGUCAACAGCACCAGCCCCGGCCCAUCCAUCCCGAGCGCCCCGCCACAACUGCCUAAUCUUCCCGCUUUUGAUCCCAUCGCGGAGGAGGCCGAGCCCAACGAGCGAGCGAUACCAUCUGCGCCGCUGACAGCUCCGCUUCCUUUCCAGCGGGGUACGAGCCCGCAGGGACCCGGACACAACAACCUGGCCGAGCCGGACAGCAUGACCGAGGGCAGCAGCGCGAGCAGCACCAAUGCGAGCAACAACAGCGCCGAGAUGACGUUGGCUAUGACCAUGAUGAGCAUGGUCGGAGCACCUCCCGACCGCAUGGAGGCCAAACAUACCGCGGACGGGGACAGCGAUCGAGAUACCAUCGGCCCGCUCCCAACGACAACAAGAGGCUUCAAUAGAGCGCCGGCCGGCAUGAAGGUCGCGCCGCCUAGCACGCCUCAGAUGGGGGCUGCGGCUGAGAGGGGAAUGGUGGAAGAUCUUGUCAGUCCGCUCAGUGCCGCAGGUACGCCGAAGAGCGGGGGCGGCGGGCGGUACUUUGGCGGUAUGCAUCAUUCUCAUCACGCUCCAGGCCAGGGGCAUGGUCACGGCCAUGCAGGUGGUGCCGGGGAUAUGUCGGCUGUUUCGACGCCGGAUACGCCGGACCUUGGGGAGCAGCUUGGACGCGGGGUGUAGCCUUAAGGUGUAACGUGAUGUGGAUAGUUGAAAGAUUUCUUGAGGUGGUUGGCUAGGAUUCAAGCUUAUAACCUUUUGGGUAAUGUUGAGUCCGAGAUUCUGUACGGAUUAUAUCUCAGGGAGCCAUUUGAUGUCGUGAUACCGAUUUUUAGCGUGGCGUUACGGGCAGUCUUGAAGCUUGGGGUUUGGACAUUGGAUAGAGCUGUUCAUCGCGUUGUUCAUAAGUCGGACUUCAGUGUUAGACUUGGGUCAUCAUCCUAUGCGAUUUGGACGGUUAAAGUUGCAUCAUUGCAUGUUGCAUUGCGAG